GUGUUAAAAAGACUAUUAACAUAUUUGCAGUAUGUAGAAUUUUAUUUUAAUAAUUGCAAUUCAUGUGGAUGAAUUACGCUCCCUUCAGACUCCGUGUACUGUUACGAUUGUGACCCCCCUCUUCGCGCCCCUUCGUGUGGGCGGAGUCCUGACUGCUGUUUUCUUAGGUAGCCUGUUAAAAUGCCCGAACUCAAAACACUUCUUUUUCCAAGAUGGCGUCGAUGAAGGACAGCGACACCGGCCUGUGGCUUCACAACAAACUAGGAUCUACGGACGAGCUGUGGACGCCGCCGAGCAUCGCGUCCCUGCUCACCGUGUCUGUUAUUGACAACAUACGUUUGUGCUUCUCAAGCUUAUCGCCGCCGGUGAAGCUUAAACUCCUGCUCGGGAUGCUGCAUCUUCCCAGACGGACCGUUGACGAGAUGAAGGAGGCCCUGUCAGAAAUAAUUCAGCUUGCUACGGUGGACUCUGAACCCUGGGUGCUGAUGGUUGCGGACAUCCUAAAGUCCUUCCCAGAGACCGGCUCUCUUAAUCUGGACUUGGAGGAGCAGAAUCCAAAUGUGCAGGAUAUUCUUGGAGAGCUCAGGGAGAAAGUGGGUGAGUGUGAGGCGUCUGCUAUGCUCCCUCUGGAGUGCCAGUACCUGAACAAGAGUGCGUUAACCACUUUGGUGGGACCCCUAACACCCCCCGUGAAACAUUUCCAGCUGAAGCGGAAGCCCAAGAGUGCAACGCUCAGAGCAGAGCUUUUACAGAAAUCGUCAGAGACAGCCCAGCAGCUGAAAAAGACAGCUGGAGUGCCUUUUCAUGCCAAAGGAAGGGGACUGGUCAAAAAGAUUGACACUACUACUCCUCUCAAAGGGAUUCCCAAGGCUCCAUUCCGCAGCCCCACUGCCCCCAGUAUAUUCAGCCCUCCCAGUAACCGCACACCGAUUGCCCCUGCACGAACACCUCUGCGUAAGGAGAGGGGGGUCAAGCUGUUAGACAUUUCAGAGCUGGACAUGGUUGGAGCUGGAAGAGAGGCUAAGCGGAGAAGAAAGACUUUGGAAACCGAAGCUGGAGAGAAAGCAGCCAAAGAAGAAGCUGUGGUGGAAAACACUACACCCGACUAUGCUGCCGGCCUUGUCUCUGCACAGAAACUGGGGGCAUUAAACGAGAACCCUCUGCCAUCAACCAGCUACCUACCAGCCACACCCAGCAUGGUUCCCUCUUCUUCCUAUAUUCCCAGCUCUGAGACACAACCCGCAAAUGCUGGUGGAUCAGGUCGGGACACACUGCAGUCGGCCCGUCAACCAGAAGAGUCAGCGACAGCAAGCACCGGUGCCACCACCACCGUACCGGGACAGUACAAACAGAGGACACCUAUGUACAACGCAAGCACCACAGCAAAUCCUGCAACCCCCACAUCCCCCAGCACCCCAGCUUCCACCCCUGUCAACAAUGGGCCUCCAGCCGCUGCAACAGCCAGCCAGCCAGAAACUCCCACCCAGCCUCCCACCACACCGCAGACCCCCACCCCGACGCCAGCUCCUACACCAUCACAGCCCCAGCCCAAAAAGAACCUGUCACUUACGAGAGACCAAAUGUACGCUGCCCAGGAAAUGUUCAAGACGGCCAACAAGGUCACAAGACCAGAGAAGGCACUCAUCCUGGGCUUCAUGGCUGGAUCAAGGGAGAACCCAUGCCCGGAGCAGGGGGACAUUAUUCAGAUCAAGCUGAGCGAGCACACAGAGGUUCUGCCCAAAGCCGACGGCACCGGCAGCACCACCAUGCUGGUGGACACGGUUUUCGAAAUGAACUACUCCACGGGCCAGUGGACCCGCCUCAAGAAAUACAAACCCAUCACAAAUACUUCCUGAAGCACUUCAAUCGCUCAACGCCACAAACACCGUUUCUUAUCCACGUCAGCAAACAUGUUUACACAUUUGAAAGUAUUUGCAUACACAUUUGGGCCAAAUCAAGCACUGGCAGAUUAAGAGGUGUCAAGGAGAGAAAGAGCCUCCCUUUUCUGGCACAGCCAAAAUGCAGGACUGCAGAUUUUUUUUUUUUACUCUUUUCCAUACCCUUUGAGUAUUUCUGUUCAUCUGAUUCCUGGUUGACGUUGUGGUCAGGAGGGGUGAGAGUUAAUCCGAGUCUGAGAAGAGAAGUUACAGUCACGGCAGGCACCUUCAGCGUUUGUACAGUGGUACAAACAUGUCAUGUGGCUAGAAAGACGACAAGCUGUAUGUAUUUUUCUGUGUGAAUGUGACAAUAGCCGCUUCUUAUGUGUGUGACAGGAAAUGGAACCAUGAUGACAGUCAUCCUAGGUGACCCAAAAAAAAACGGUUCUGUUUGGAGACUCUUGGUGGAUGUUUAUUUUUUCAUCACUUUUUUUUCAGAAGGGGAAAAAAUAAAGAGACAGACUCCAGGGGACAUUCGUCAUCUUUAA